AUGGAGAACAUGAUGCAGGGCAAUAAGAUCAGACGAGUUGCAGCUACUCGCAUGAAUGAGAGGUCAUCUCGAUCACACACGAUUUUCCGGAUUAUUCUGGAGUCGAAAGAUGCCAAUCAGAAAGAUGGACCUGUACAUAUAAGCUACCUUAACUUAAUGGACUUAGCUGGUUCUGAGAGAGUUUCUCUGACGAAAGCUGCUGGUGAGCGUCUUAAAGAGGGGGCUAACAUAAACAAAUCUUUGUCAGUAUUAGGAAAUGUGAUAAGGCAACUAAGCGAGGGGAAGGAGUUUAUCAGUUAUCGCGAUUCGAAAUUGACUAGACUGCUCUCACAGGCUCUUGGCGGUAAUGCCAAAUCAUUGAUUAUCGGGAAUGUUACUUUAGCUGCAGAGGAGGAGACUAGAUCUACACCAGAAUUCGCCCAAAGCACUAAAACUGUCAAAAAUAAAACGAAAGUAAACAUCUUGUCAGCUACAGAAGAGACACUUCAAGGAUAUCAGAACUUGACUCGCGAUCUCGAAACUCGGCUCAAAAAGCAGGCAAUUAAGCUAAAAGAGAUGGAUAAAAGCAAACAAGAGUAUCUGCUCGAGAUAGAAAGACUAAAAACGGAAGUAUCUAUUGUCGGGCGCUUUCAAAUGGGAGCCUCGGCAUCAACACCGAAAAAAACAUUAAGACGUCAUACUUUUGGACACUAUGGCAACGUAUCACCUAAAAAAGCAUCCCUAGGGUAUAUGCCAUUGAAAAAUUAUCCACCCAAAGAAGAAUCAUCCGGACGUGAAAUGAGGCCUAUUCAAGAAGAGACAUAUGAGGAGGCACUAGCCGAAGCAGAAUCUGUGAUAGCUGAAGACGUGCAAGUGUACUUAAAAGACAACUCAAAGAACUGGAAGAAUCUUUCAAUGAGCUUAGAGAAUUCACUAAACUAG